UGCACUCCUCGCCGGAUCAUGGCGGGGCCGUGGAGGAAUGUGUUCAGAGCAUGGAGUACAGGCUGUACAACUGUCACUGUGUGUGAAAUCGUGCAACACUGUAGGCCCAUGUCCACCACCGCGGCGCUUCUGGCCCGGGCGUCCUGGAGGUGUGCACCGGACAACGAUGUGCAAACCUCCUCAUUGCAACAGUCAACACCAAUACCCUUUCAAACGUUUACAGUGUUCCACUUCCGGCAUAAACCGAAAUUCCUAUAUCCUACCCUCCAGUGCUGUAGGCAAAUACACAGCGAUGCAAAGCCUAAAGACCCUUUCUCUUUAGCCCAGAGAGACUUAACAAGUUUAUAUGAUGACAUCAAAAAGGAGCUGUUGGUGGGGACAGAGCUGAAGUCUCUUUGUGACUAUUACUUUGAUGGCAAAGGCAAAGCCAUCCGACCAAUGAUAGUCGUCCUGAUGGCUCGUGCAAUGAACAUUCACAGCGACAGAGAUGGAGACCUGCUUCCAGGACAAAGGGCCAUCGCUAUGAUCUCUGAGAUGAUCCACACUGCCAGCCUGGUACACGAUGAUGUCAUCGAUGGAUCCGAUCAGCGCAGAGGCAAAAGGACCAUCAAUGAAGUUUGGGGGGAAAGAAAGGCCAUCUUGGCUGGAGAUUUUAUCCUUUCAGUCGCAUCUAUGGCUUUGGCUCGAAUCGGUAAUAUCUCAGUGGUGAAAGUGCUGUCUCAGGUCAUAGAGGAUCUUGUUCGAGGUGAGUUUAUGCAGCUGGGCUCAAAAGAAAAUGAGAAUGAACGAUUCAAACACUACCUCGAGAAAACCUUCAAGAAGACGGCCAGUCUCAUCGCCAAUAGUUGUAAAGCAGUAUGUACGUUCUGUCUUUGCAUGAAUACCCCCAAAUGGAGAGAACUCUCCAUUUGUAUAUUUAGUAUACUUUAUUCACGGUUGUGCCGUGUAUGCGUUUUUAAGGUCUCAAUCCUGGUUAGUCCUGAUCCAGAAGUUCAUGAAAUUGCUUACCAGUAUGGAAGAAAUGUUGGAAUAGCUUUUCAGCUGGUGGACGAUGUCUUGGACUUCACAUCAGGAGCUAGUCAUUUGGGGAAACCCACAGCUGCAGACCUCAAACUGGGCCUGGCCACUGGACCAGUAUUGUUUGCUUGUCAACAGUUUCCUGAGCUUCAUGCAAUGAUCAUGAGGCGUUUCAGUUCCAAAGGAGAUGUGGAUCGAGCCUGGCAGUAUGUUCUUCAGAGUGACGGUGUGCAGCAAACCAGGUUCUUGGCCCAGCGGUACUGUCAGGAGGCCAUCAGACAGAUCAGCCUACUGCGGCCCUCCCCAGAGAGGGAGGCCCUAAUCAGACUCACUGAAAUGGUGCUCUCCAGAGACAAAUGAACCUGCAGAACUAGGCUUCACUUCAGGCAGCUACCAGAGCCCCACAGCCUGGGCUCAGUGCACCACGGGCUGGUCCAGGACCAGAAGAGCACUCUCCAGGCCUGUGUAGUCCCAGGCACAGCGCUGUAUGGAACUAUCUGAUCAAGGGUUCUUUGGACAGACAUGCUUUGAGCUUUCUGCACAAAGGACAUUUCACUUGAAUUUAACGUGGACUAAAUAUCUACACACUGAUUUGAAUCACAUCUGUACAUUGAUAUUAAUGUAUGGCACUGCAGCCCAAACCUUAAAUGCCUACAGUACUGUAUCCAUUUGCCUCUAUGCUUUGGACUAGCUAACAUAUGUACAUGUUGUGUGCUGGUACAAGCAGGGUCAAUGUCACUUUAGCUUCUUCAUUGGUGUGUCUGUUGGAUUGAUGUAAACGCUGAGCUCCGUCCACAUCACAAAGGCCAAACUUCAUACACAUAUACUAAAGGUGCUCUAGAACAGCAAUGGCCUUUGACAUCCACUAAGACUGUGUGCUCAAUAAAUCAUGUUUUUUAAACUCUGUCUCAAUUAUGACUUGACAAGCACAAGCUGUAC